CCACAUGACUGCUUCCCCACCGAUCCCAAAAUCCUCGAAAUCUCGAAUCCCUCUCGCGCUCCUCCCUCCAAAGUCCACUCCAAUCCAAUCCCGAAAAUUUUCCGCCUCCCCGGCCGAGAUCCUUUAAACCCUCCAUCUUCUUCCCCCCAUUUCCCAAAUCACCCACGCCCCGCGAAACCUCUGUUUCCUACCGCAAAUUUCACGGUCACAAUCUCGGAUCCACCCCCAUCUCGCCGCCGCGCUCCAUGGAGAUCGCCGCGGACGCCGCUGCGAGCGGUGGCUGUCGCAUCCGUGAUCUGCCGCCGUCGAAGCGGUUCAAGUUCGUCGGCUCCUCCCGCCUCGGACCGGCUCCGUGCGUGCCGCUGCCAGAGACGGCGCCACUCCCCGUCUGCCUUCCGGCGAAGAAGCGCGCGUAUGCGCCGGCGGUGGCGGAGGUUGCGCUGAAGGCUUGCCUCCCGGCGAAGAAGCGCGCGUAUGCGCCGCUACCGGAUGACAUCGUGCCGGCGUGUCUUCCGGCCAAGAAGCGCGUUUACGUGCCUCCGCCGCCGCCGCUGGAAGAUGCUGCUGCACAUCCACCGGUUCCGGCCAAGAAGAGGGUACACCCGCUGCUGCCACCGGGAGGCGCCGCCGCCGCUCCCUCCUCGACCAAGAAGCGCGUUCACAUGCCGCUGCCGUCGCUCCCUGAAAAUUCCGCUGUGUCUCCCCCCAUCCCGGUGAGGAAGCGGGUCCAGCCGGUGCUACCGCCGAGAGGCGCCACCGCCGCUCCCUCAGCCUCGGCGAAGAAGCGUGUCCACGUGCCGCUACCACUGCCGCCUGCAGAUGCCGCCGCUUCUUCCUCCAUCCCGGCCAAGAAGAAGGUCCAUCCUCCGGAAGCCAUCGCCGCUCCUCUGUCCAUCCCGUCCAAGAAGCUCGCUCAGACGCCGUCGCCUGCGGAGGACGAUUCCAGUCUGGCCCCGGUUAGCCUACAGGCCAACAAGCGCGUGAUGUCGCCGUUUAUCUGCCCCUCGCCAUGUCCACCAGUGGAGUCAGAUGGGGCUCGCGUCGCUGCCGUCAAGCAACCCAGGUCUCAGCGAUCCGUUAAGCGCGGCGGCGCCACCGAUCCCAGAGCGGCAAAGGGUGCCGUAGACUGCACGAGAGCCGAAGCGUUCAAGGUGCCCGCCAACAAGCCCGUCAAGCCUAAAGAAGUCCAGGAGCAAGCGUCCAUCAAAUCCGGCAGAGCAAGCACCGCAAAAGAAUCGAGUGAUCUGCAUCGCAAGAAGCUCUGCGAUGUCGUCAAUGGCAGGCAGUCUGAAGUCCAAGCUGAAGUGCUCGAGAAAUUCGAGCAGGCGAUUGAUCCUCAAGUGGUAGCACCGGCACGUGAAGAAGAGCCAAAGAAGGAAGCUGAAGAAGUGGCGACAGAGCAAAAGCAAGAAGCCGCCGGAGAGGAGGAUGAAGAGGACGGCGUCCUCUGCGCGGUGUGCGGGAGCACCGACGGCGACCCGUCGGACCCCAUCGUGUUCUGCGACGGCUGCGACCUCAUGGUGCACGCCUCGUGCUACGGCAGCCCGCUGGCGCAGUCCAUCCCCGAGGGCGACUGGUUCUGCUCGCUCUGCUCCGACAAGGCGUUGGCCACAGCGAAGAAGGGCGGCAAGCCGCCCCGCCCGCACUGCUGUCUCUGCCCGGCGAGAGGCGGCGCCAUGAAGCGCACCACGGACGGCGCAUGGGCGCACAUUGCGUGCGCUCUCUUAGUGCCGGAGGUGUUCUUCCAGGACCCUGACGGCCGCGACGGCAUCGACUGCUCCCGGGUGCCGGGCCACCGGUACACCAAGAGGUGCUACAUCUGCGAGAGCAGCAGGGGCUGCGCGCUCGAGUGCUCCCAGCCCAAGUGCGGCCUCGGGUUCCACGUCUCCUGCGGCCUCAAGGGCGGCCUGUGCAUCGAGUACCGCGAGGAGAAGGCCGGCGCCGUCGUCGCCGGCUUCUGCAGGGAGCACACCAAGCUCUGGGAUAAGCAACAACUGACUGGCAAGUACAAGAUCGUGUCAAGAGGGCAUGCAUGAAACAGAGGAGAAGGAUCAGGACACCAGGUGCUUUGGAGAGUGGUGAAGAACUGCAUCUCAUUCUCAUAAUUUCUAGUAGGAUUUUAUUACCGUUCUAGUUCAUUUUCCCAAUUGGUGUGCCUUUUAGAAGCGUCUUGUGAAAUGUUCAUGAAAGUGGUUAUUUUGGAGUUUUCUUGGGAUAAUUGUAUGGUUUGGAAAACAAUGAAGUUGUAAUAGUUUUAGCCCUGGGGCCUUUUUCAAAUGUCAGAAUGUGAAUUUUUUUUUUCAA